ACUCUUUUCCUCUUCAUUUCUUUACUCCUUUCUUACUUCUUUAAAUCCCCUAAUCUUUCUAUCUUUCUGUUUCAUCAUCAACAAAAUCUAUCAUAUAUAUACAAAAUGACUAAUCCAAAUGUUGUGGUUUCUGAUACCCAAUCCGCAAUCGCUAUGGCCAUGACCGUAGCGGUUAACAACUCUUCUCUUUAUUCUUCCCAAGUUCCAAGUACUAAUUCAUAUAACAAUAUUACGCUUUUUGCAAGAAACAAUAAGUUUCCAAAAAGUAUUGAGACGAGUAGUGGCGUAGGAGCUCAUGCUUUGACUAAAAACAUUGCAUGGGUAGAUGUAGAUGCCAUGAGAGCUUCUUCUCCUACCCGAAACUUGACUGAAGAUAGUGAAGAGAAAAAGACUUGGAUCAUGAAGUAUCCUUCGGCAUUGGGUGAAUUUGAAAAGAUUAUGUGUGCGGCAAAAAUGAAGCAAGUUGUCAUUUUUCUUGAUUAUGAUGGUACUUUGUCGCCAAUUGUUGAAAACCCUGAUCAAGCUUACAUGGCUCCUGAGAUGAGAGAAGCCGUGAAGAAUGUUGCUAAAUACUUUCCUACGGCUAUAGUUAGCGGGAGGUGCAGAGCUAAGGUCUACAAUUUUGUAAGACUAUCAGAGUUGUACUAUGCUGGUAGUCAUGGUAUGGACAUCAAGGGACCAUCAUCUCGCAAACAUCAAAAGGGAAAUCAAAAUGUGCUUUGCCAACCAGCCAAGGAAUUUUUACCAAUGAUGGCUGAGGUUUACGGAAUCUUAAUGAAGAAAACAAAGGACAUCCCUGGUGCUAAUGUCGAAAACAACAAGUUUUGUCUUUCGGUACAUUAUAGAUGCGUUGAAGAACAAAGUUGGAGUGAUUUAGCCGAUCGAGUUAAAUCCGUCCUUAAAGACUAUCCCAAGCUUCGAUUGACUCAAGGAAGAAAGGUUCUAGAGAUUCGACCAACUAUCAAGUGGGACAAGGGCAAAGCCAUUGAAUUCUUAAUGGAAUCUCUAGGGUAUGCAAACUCAAAAGAUGUUUUACCCAUCUAUAUUGGAGAUGAUCGCACGGAUGAGGAUGCAUUUAAGGUACUAAGAAAACAAGGACAAGGAUUUGGUAUUUUGGUGUCUAAAACACCUAAAGAAACUCAAGCUACUUAUUCUUUACAAGAACCUUUCGAGGUCAUGCACCUUUUGCAACGUUUAGUGGCAUGGAAAAGGUCUGUUGUACGCAGUCAUUAGCGGUGAUCGAGUAUAAACUAUAUAUAUGAAUGGCAGAUUAAAGUCGAUCGAGAGGCACUAAUCCCACCUAAAAGUUUUCAACAAGUGUGGGAAAAUUAAUGUUUGUUUAUUAUUAGUAGUUUCCUUGUUUAAAUUACUGGAUAUAGAGAAAAACAACAACAAUCUUGUAAAUAAACAUCACUUCGUGAUUAUAUGAUCAAGAUGAGAGUACGUAUCUCCUUAUGUACAAAGUGUGUAUGAUAAAAUAUCAUACAUGUCUAGUCUUUAUGUUUCAAAAGUCAUGUUUAAUUACUUAAUUUCUUGUAAAAUUUUCGUCCUCGUCAAAAAUAUGACUAUGUAAUUUAUCUAUGAUCAAUAGAUUUAAUUACUCUUGUAAUGA